CUCUGAUCAAAGGAAAGCUUCACUUUGGAUCCCCCACCACCCCUUUCUAUCUUCCAAAGACUUUUGUCCAUCUUCCUUACCUCUCUAAAUCCCCCCUCCAGAGCUUGUGGAGGUACAAAUCCGUCUCCAUGGCUGACCGAUAUUCGUUCUCGUUGACCACCUUCUCCCCCAGUGGAAAACUGGUUCAGAUUGAAUAUGCCUUGAACGCCGUUAACUCGGGUGUGACUGCCCUUGGAAUCAAAGCCACAAACGGAAUCGUCCUUGCUACGGAAAAGAAGUCGUCUUCGCCCCUCAUCGACCCUCCUUCUCUCUCCAAGAUCUCGUUAAUCACCCCCGACAUCGGUAUGGUCUACGCUGGCAUGGGUCCAGACUACCGCGUGCUGGUCGACAAGGCUCGUAAGGUGUCUCACACCGGCUACAAGCGCAUCUACAACGAAUACCCCCCUACCCGGAUCCUGGUGCAGGACGUGGCCCGCGUGGUGCAAGAGGCAACGCAGUCCGGUGGUGUCCGACCGUAUGGUGUCAGUCUGCUGAUUGCCGGUUGGGACGAGGGCGUUGAGCCUGAGUCGGAACAAGCGAAGGGCGAAGACGAGGACCCGGAGUCUCGAAAGGCCACGGGCAAGACGGGCGGUAUCCUGAAGGGCGGCCCCAGCUUGUACCAGGUCGACCCCAGCGGCAGUUACUACCCGUGGAAGGCCACGGCCAUCGGCAAGCACGCCACGAGUGCGAAGACCUUCCUCGAGAAGCGUUACACCGAGGGUCUUGAACUCGAAGAUGCUAUUCACAUCGCCCUUCUGACGCUAAAGGAGACCAUCGAGGGUGAAAUGAACGGGGACACGAUAGAGCUGGGCAUUGUUGGCCCUCCUGCUGAUCAUCUGCUUGGCUACGAGGGUGUCGAAGAGUCUCGGGGACCCAGAUUCAGGAAGCUGACCAAGGAGGAGAUCGAGGACUACCUGACCAACCUAUGAUUGAUACGCGCUUGGACAUUUGAUAUUCAACGAACCUUCUAGUUUAAUAGACAUUAUCGAGUCUGCAAGGUUCUCGGGCACAAUACAUAUAGCACAUGAACCGUAAAGUUCUGGAUUGGUCAGUUAUGACAGAGACCUGUGGAAGGUCUACAAGUGAUGCGAGAGUAGGGCGUUCUGCCCAUUAAUGUCUUGAGAUGCAAAUGCAUGCGUUCAUCAAAGCGAAUCCAAAUGUAGUCAUAGCCAGACCAUGUGACGGGC